AUGAGCAAAAAUGGUGCUCAAAACAGAGACAUAGAGCAUGGUCGACGAACCAUGCCUUCAGAGCUACGUCGUGAUUUAGAGAUCUUGCGAAGAAUAUUGUUGCGGCUUAGUGUUUCAAAGGACGACUCUUCUCCAUUGUCAGUUUUUAAGGCAUAUGAAAAUGUAUUGCGGGAAAAUGGGCUUAGUCCUUCUGAAAAUCGUUACUAUAUUCGUGUUUUAUUCCGUUUAAUUUCUACGAAGAGAUACUCUUGGGAGCAAGAGUGGAAGAAUUUGAUGUCAAGAAUGGGGUUUUCUCACUUGUCACCGAGUUUACAAGCUCCUUUAAAUUAUCUUUCGAAUGAGGGUUCCGACGAUCCAUUUACCGUUCAAGAUUUAAAUAAGAGAAAAACUAACCACGAAGAAAAAGAGAACGUCAGGGUCGGUAAUAAUUUUGCUAGUAAUGCUGCGAAAACGAUAAAGUCGCUUUCAGCAAUGUCUCGUCUGGCGGACCAGUUUCGUUCUAUUCGUGAGCAUCAGCUGUUAGCAACGACCUUUUAUUAUAUUCUCGAUAAACACAUGUAUCAGCAAAGAAUUACUACUAUUUACGAGCGAAAAGCUACUGCUGUACAUCGUGCUUUUUUGCUGCUCAAAUAUUUCCCUAUGUGGAUGCAAAAGAUGCGCCAGGUAAGAGAAGUCAUGUAUACGGCUGAGAGCGCAUAUAAUUUAGUUGUGCAGGAAAACUUUAUGUACGCGUGGCGUAAAAAGACACGAGAGGUAUAUGCACGAUACAUUGAAGAGCAGAAAAAGGAAUUUUUACAUACUACUAUCCUUCAAUGGAACAAUUUAGCAAAUAAGUGGAGAGAAAAACAUGAACGAAUCCUUUUGUUGCGAUUUCUGACUCAGUGGAAGCUUCGGCGGAAACAGAAAAGCAAUAAACGAAUUGAAGCAGUGAGCUUUUAUUGUCAUACGCUAUUUAAAAACAGAUUUCGAACAUGGAGACUAAAAUCCAACAUAUCGUCUAUAAGAAAAGUCCAAAAAAGAAGUGUACUAGCGACUUCAUUUUUGAAAUGGCAAGACACUCUCAAGAAGAAGCAACAGUUAAGAAAUGGAGCGAAGGCUGAAUUUAUCAGCAACUCUAAAAAAACGGUUGUAUCAAAAUGGUAUUCGAAAGCUUCAAAUCACUUUACACAAUAUGAAGAGGCAGAUGAAUUUUACUAUACACUACUGCUUCAAAAAAUGCUACUUUAUUGGAAAUUGAAAACGACUGCUUGUAGAAAACUUGAUGUUUGGACGGAUGAACAUGAUGUGGAAAUAUUAAAGGCUGCGUUCGGACGCUGGAGACAUCGGUUUUCUCGCAUAGAAGAUGGCCUGCAACUUGCAAAUUAUAUUUUACAAGACACCUUUCUGACAAGGUGGCGGUUAGCUAUAAAAACAAGUAAGUUUCGCAAAAGCAAGGAGUAUGCGCUCCUGGCUAGGGUUUAUAAGUUUUGGCAAAUCAAAGAAAAAGAACGUGCCUUUGGGUAUCAUUAUAAUCAACGACUGGUGGUGAAAGCAUGGGAUACUUGGAUCGAGCAGACACAAGGACUUCUAGAAGCGAAGGACAUUGCAGAAGACCUUUAUCAGGAGCGCCUAUUAAAGGCAGCCAAGAAUUGUAUUUUAAAAUGGCGCAUGAAAUUACUGGAACAAGAAGAGCUGCUUAUCCAUGGGGAUGAUCUCUACGAAAAAAAAAUCAAACUUAAUGUUUGGAGUAGAUGGAAAUAUUUUAUGCAAAGAAAGGCUAGAUUACGUUGGCGAGCUGAUUUGAUGUACGACAAAAAACUUAUAAAACUAUCAAUGAAAAUGUGGAGAGACGUUUGUGAAGAAGAAAUUACCAUAAAAUUGGAAACGAAGGUAGUCGAUUUUCAAGCGUCGAUGACUGAAAAGCUAGUAGAUCGUUAUUGGAACAUAUGGAUAGAAAAGGUUAUGAAGCUUUCUGCACUUGCCAUGGUGGCCGAUCAGGCACGGCAGCGUGUAUUAAUAAGGGCCUAUGAGACAUGGUCCUACCGACACAACGAGUUUAAAGAGAAAUUAGAGCGAGCGGAACAAUUUUAUAAUGAACGACUAUUACGUUCGGCAUUAAUAUUUUGGAGGUACCAACUGCGGGCAGUACAAUUUCUGCAAAAUAUUAGUGAUUGGAAGCGACGGGAAUUUGACAAAGGAAUUAUGCGCCGGACGUUUGAUUCUUGGAAUUUGUUGACAUUCCGUGUCACGAGUCAUACAAUGCAAGCCGAGCGAUUUUACCAACAAAAACAAAGCAAACUUUUGGGUAAGAUGUUUCGACGAUGGAUCCAGCGGUAUCGGGUGAAUAUUGAAGACUCGUCGAUACUGGAGAACUCUUCAGGUAUGGAUGAAUAUUCCAAUUCGAUGCAUACAUUUGAUACAACGAUGCCAAUGCAGUAUGAAAGUGUUUUGGGAACUCCUGCAAAUUUUCAGCGACAAUGGAAGCAAGAGCUGAAAACGCCCAUUUCUAGAUUUUCCAAAUAUUUGCGACCUAUUCCUCCAAAAACUCAAUAA